CCACAGACUCCCAACUGUCAGUAAAGCUUUUGCAACUCUCCCUGGACAGUGUAAACACACAGAGGAAGAAGUACUCAUAAAUAUGGUGGAUAUAUGGCAGUUUGGUACCAUGGGUAAGUUGAAAAAAUUGACGGUUACCUGCCUUACACUAAAUUGUAUGCAUUAUUUAUACUGCACAUUGAUGAUACUGAAUCAGUUGACAAGUGCUGUGUAUGUCCCAGAAGACUAACUUUGAGAAUUUGUUUUCGGCAGCAGAAGUGUAUAUCAGUAUGGAGGCCCAAAACUGACAAAAUCUAGCAAUAUUAUCAGAAAAGUAAAGAAUAUAAUGGUAUGCAUUAAUAAAUAAUAUUAUAAGAUAAUUAAAACAGAGUCUAAAAAGAGAUAUAGGGCCACAUCUUACACACUGUCAUUGCUAGUUUUAGACUGACACAUUUGUCAUUUUUACAGCCAGCACCCACUUUGUGUAAAUUGUUCUCGCACCCAUGGGUAUGCAAAUGCGCAUUGUUGGCGUGUUGCUAUUUUGAGGCAGCAAAAACCUGGUCUGACAUCAGAAAGAUGGAGUUCCUGAUAUUUACUGUAAAGGGCUUGUAAUUCAAAUGUGCCUACAUAGGCAGGCUCACAAUGUGCAUACAAUCUACUUGCACACUUGGCUUUUGAAGGGAAUGGGAGAUGUUAUGCCCACACACACCUUAUUAAGGGACUAAAUCCUUUGCCCCUUGCGCCUUAUUUUGCACCCAUAUUUUGAGCAGUUUAACUAGCAAAAGUGGUUGGCUAUGCCCUAAAUGCACUUGUGCCUCUUGCACUUUAGAUCAUGAGCAAUAGAUCAUUUAAAUAGGGUCCAUAAAGUUUCAGAUUUUUACUUUAAACUCCAGUGUGUAGCUUUAAAAAAGAAACAACAAAUGAAAAAGUUGAAUUCAGAAACAAUAAAACACACUUUUGCUAAUUUUCAUAUUUGUUUUUGCCGCUACAACCAGACUUGGUCUGGUUUGACCAGCAGUUUAUGAUGAUGUUUGCAAACUUUAAAUAGUUAUUGCUUCAGAUGUUGCUCUGGGACCCUUUUUGUAGGCCUUUAUCCUCUACUACUCUCUUCCCCCUCAUUUCCUGUCUUUACUAUCUGGAUAGUUAAUAGAAAACACUGGUAGCUAAACAAUUUUAGCACCAUUUCAGCUACUAGCCAGCUAUGUGAGCAGUGUUCAUUAUAGUUAAAUAUAGGCCACUCACUACUGUAUAGGCUACAGUAUAAACUGUAAACAGCAGCAAAGGGAUUUUAACCAGCAAGCUAACACUAGCUAAUUUAGCUUGCUAACUGGGCUCAGUUACAGUUUAGACUUGUCUGACAACCCUCACUAUUUUGUCAGCUGCAGGGCUCCAUACAUUAGUGCUUUAAAAAUUUAGUUUUGAGAAUGAGCUCUGGGUGUGUCCUUGCACAUGAUGAUGUCAUUUUCUAAUGUUAGUUAGAAUAACUAUAAUGAAAAAUGACUAAUGUUUCCUUCUUUAAAAUGUGUGUGUCUCUCUCUGUUUGUGCAUGUGGUCAUGAGUCGCCAUGAUGGUCAGUGAGUUGAUGGAGCUGAGCAUUCAGUAAACGGAAACAGGAGAGACGGGAGUGAAAUCAGGAUGCUGACUCCUGUAAAAUCCCCUCUGCACUCUGUGUCACAAACACCCUGACUGUGUCAUUGUUUUGGAGAUUUGGGCUGCUAAACAUCAUGUGUCCAGUGAUUUUGUUGGAGAAGUGACCUAAAGUCGACACACACAGCAGCCAUGGCAGACAAAGACGAGAUGAGGAAGCCCAAGAAAAAGAGUGCGACUGUUUUUGGCUUCCCAAUAAGCAUCUUCUUCAUCGUCGUCAAUGAGUUCUGCGAACGAUUCUCCUACUAUGGCAUGCGAGCCGUGCUCGUGCUGUACUUCAAGUACUUCCUGAGAUGGGAUGAUGACUUUGCCACCACUAUCUACCAUACCUUUGUGGCUCUCUGCUACCUGACACCCAUCCUGGGAGCCAUAGUGGCUGAUUCAUGGCUCGGCAAGUUCAAGACUAUUGUUUACCUGUCCAUCGUUUACGCACUGGGACAGGUUAUCUUGGCAGUAAGUGCUAUCCAUGACAUCACGGAUGCAAACAAAGAUGGCAACCCCGACAACAUGACCUUCCACAUAGCUCUGUCCAUGGUGGGUUUGCUCCUUAUUGCCCUGGGUACAGGAGGCAUCAAACCCUGCGUGGCUGCCUUUGGUGGAGAUCAGUUUGACGACGAUCAGGAGAAGCAGAGGAGCACCUUCUUCUCCAUCUUCUACCUGUCCAUCAAUGCUGGCAGUCUAUUAUCCACUGUCAUCACUCCCAUCCUCAGAGCUCAGGACUGCGGUAUUCACACCCAGCAGAAGUGCUACCCACUGGCCUUUGGUGUCCCUGCUGCUCUCAUGGUGGUAGCUCUGAUUGUGUUCAUUGUUGGAAGUGGGAUGUACACUAAGAACGCCCCUCAGGGCAACAUCUUGGUCAAAGUCUGCAAAUGCAUCGGGUUUGCUAUCAAGAACCGCUUUAGGCAUCGUGCUCCUGAGUACCCGAAGAGAACCCACUGGAUGGACUGGGCUGAGGAGAAAUACGAUAAACUCCUGAUUGCUCAGGUGAAGAUGGUGCUGAAGGUGCUGUUCCUCUACAUCCCUCUGCCAAUGUUCUGGGCUCUCUUUGACCAGCAGGGCUCCAGAUGGACCCUCCAGGCAACCACCAUGGACGGCGACUUUGGACUUCUUAUAAUCCAGCCUGAUCAGAUGCAGACUGUCAACCCUAUCUUGAUCCUGGUUUUGGUGCCAGUCAUGGACAGUUUGAUCUACCCGCUGAUUGCCAAGUGCAAAUUAAACUUCACUCCAUUAAAGAGGAUGACUGUUGGGAUGUUCCUUGCUGCUCUUGCAUUCAUUUGUGCUGCCCUGGUCCAAAUACAAAUUGAUAAAACUCUGCCUAAGUUCCCAUCAAGCACUGUUGGCCAAGCAAAGUUCAUCAACAUGCUUGACAGAUCGCUGGACGUCAAAGCUGGAACCAACGAGUUCACCUUGAAGCCUUACACGGCCAAUGAUGAUUACCUGACCUUUGAUGAUCAAUUUCAACUGAAUCUAGGGGGAAAUGCCAUUUACUUAACCAGUUUAGUGGAUGGUAAUCGUAGCACUGUAGUCAUUGUUCAGGAUGGGUCUCUACCUAAGCCUUUGGGGUUCGUGGACAUCAAAACAAAACCGGAACAGGGCGCUAAUGAUAUCAGAUUUUUCAGUGGCUAUGACUCACUUUUGAAUGUAACAGUGGGUGACCAGGACUUUGGGGAGAUCACCACCAACAACAUGUCAAAAUAUGUUGGGGUACCACGGGGACUAGCAAAGUUCCUGAUCAAGAGUGCUACUGGACAAGAGUGUGUCUACAGUCAAGAGCUGGGCUUCGGCAGCUCCUUCACCGUGAUCAUCCCGCCAACUUUCACAUUUGGACAAAAUUGUGAACAGAACAUCCAUCCAGUGAUGGACAUCAAGCCCAACACCAUCCACAUGGCCUGGCAGAUUCCUCAGUAUUUCCUCAUCACUGCAGGAGAGGUGGUCUUCUCUGUCACCGGCCUGGAGUUCUCCUACUCACAGGCACCCAGCAACAUGAAGUCUGUGCUGCAGGCUGGUUGGCUGUUCACUGUUGCUGUAGGUAACAUCAUUGUGCUGAUUGUGGCCGAGGCUGCAACGCUCCCAGAUCAGUGGGCCGAGUACAUCCUCUUUGCCUCUCUGCUGCUGUUAGUGUGCUUCAUCUUUGCCUUCAUGGCUUAUUUCUACACCUACAUCGACCCAACCCAGGAAGAAGCCCGGUUUGCCCAGAAGGAACCUGAAGAGAAAGAGAGGAGGAAGAGUGUAGAAAUGAAGAGGAAGGACUCGGUUAAGAACCGCAAGGAGGACAGGAAGGGUUCUGACUCCAGCUCUGACGAGGAGGAAGUCAAACAGACCAAGAUCUAAAGCGACCAUCCUCUACGGCUAUCCCCUCUUUUGUACAAAUGCUGCUUGGUUCUGUGUUUCAUGUCUGAGUCCAGUACACUACUGAACAUGUAGUGGUUAGAAUGAAUGAAUGGAUGAGUGAAAUGGUGCUGAUGUUAGCAGAACACAGAAACAGGGCUUUGAUGAUUAAGCUCUUGGUGUACAGUGUUGGUGAAGGGAUAAAUCAAACACUGUUAUCACCAUUUAAGCAAAAAACUUUGAGAGAAAAUUCAUUUAAACAGGUUACUCAUAUCAUUAAAAUCCCCAGAACUUUACUGGUUAACAAUUUGUGCUUUCACUGUUGUAAAUUUUUUUUUGCAAUGAUUUAUUUUGCACUGUACGUAGCAACAUCUACAUAUGUAAUUUCUAGUUUCAUAGGAUUUUAUAAUGUGCCCGGGUAAACAUACAAAGAAACCAUUCCAACAUGUAUUUAUUUCCAAGCAUAGUGUUGUAUGUAUUGUAAUAUAGUGUGUUUUAUAUGUGUAUGAUAUUCUCAUCUGCUCCAGGGAAAAAAUCUAACACCAAAUACUGCUUAUUGAGUCAGAAAAUGUUUAAUUAUAUUCCAUAUUCAAUCUCAGAUUUCAUCUUGGCCCGGUAGAACACUGCCCCGUGAUAAUGGCUGCUCACCAAAGUCUUCAAUAAAGAUGCUAGCAAGGUGUUGUCAUCAAUAAA